UAACAGUCCUUUUUUAUUUUUUUUUAUGUCGCUGCCUGUUGCGCCGGUAGGCAUCUUCCUGGUGGGGCCUGAUGGUCGGCCCAAGGCUUCUUCCAGGUGGGGCCUGAUGGUCGGCCCAGCCCGUUCUGGCGCAGGCGAGUGUUUAUAGUGGCGCCAUCUUGCAUUGGCUCAUGCUGCCCCCCGGACCUCGUUCUUGAUUCGCUUGGACGGCUUCCUCUAGAGUCCGGGUUGAUGGGUGGUCUUCAGGACAGCAUGUGGGUAGUUUUAAGCCACUCGGCGGUGACUGAAAAAUCCGAGUGGUAGCGUGGGGAUUCGAACCCGCGUCGUCCAUCACGCGGUGAAUGUGGGCCCAGUGCGCUACCAGUUCGGCCACCGCCUACCCUCACUCGUCCCAUUCCUCCUUAAGUUUGCUCUGUAUCACGUCCUUCGUUAAUACUAUAUUCCUGUUACUAUAAAGAAAGCAAUCCAACACCGUCACUAUCCCAUUACUCCUUCUCUCCCCUACAGACCCGUGGCCGCCUGCACUAACCCCUUGGUGACCUAAGCAGCAGAGGAGUGAGUGGACGGCCUCUUAACCUCAACCCCGCCGGCGUCAUGGCGUGGCGUAUGGGCUGCCUGUUGGUGGGCGUGCUGGCGUGGGCUGCUGCUGACGGCGGCCCCUACUCUCCCUCCUCGUCGGGUCCCUUACGGUGUGACGUGGAGGCGCUGCGCUGCGACGUGAUCUGCUCCUUCCCUGAUCUUGGCCUCCACUGCAGCCGAUGUGCUAGAAGAAGACCGAUGAGGUUUGGGAAGCGAGGCGGGAACGCGAGAACACACGUCGUCGCUUUGCCCUCCACAUCACCAAGUAUCUCGGCGGCGGGUGGAGACUCUCAACGCUCCACCGCCGCCGCCCCGAGCCGAGUCAACCGACCGACCGACCAAGCCAACACAAUGGACGAUCUCCGCUUCGUCGGCCGACCACACUUCUUCCUCAGCAAGAUAUUUUGGCGGAACAGCGUCGGGCAAAACUUUCCUCCGUCCCAAGAGAGGAAAGUUAGGCCAUGGAGGGAUAGAAAGUUCCAGAGGUGUUUGUUCGGCGUCCAAGAUCCCGCAAGAUGCCCGCCGGAAAGCGCCUUUAGAAAGCUGUUUCACUUCUCAGACGAUUAUGAGCCACGUAGGGAAAAGGAAUCCAAUGCCAGCCUCUGCGAUAUACACCCCGAGGAAUGUUCACUCGGCACCGACAUCGGCAAACGCUUGAACACCGUGGAGAGCUCAAGAACAAAUUCCCUCAGCAGCAAUGAAUUCGACAGAGGUCUACGCGAGGAAACGGGUCGAAGAAAGCGAUUUAACGGCAUCGAGACUUCAAACACCCUCAAUAGCGACGACUCCAGCGAGGGUUAUAACAGCAUUGACGGUUCAAGAAAACCUUCUCUCAACAGCAACGACUUCGACACAGAUCUUGGCAGCGAAACAGGCAGAAUCAACCCUUUAGACAGCCUCGAAAGCUUACGGCAACGACUCUUCAACAUCAACGACUUGGAGACAGGUCUUCGCAGUAAAACAAAUCGAAUUAGACGGUAUAACAAUCUCAACACUUCAAGUCAACGUUUCAUCAACAGCGAUGACUUUGACAAAGAUCUUAACGGUCCUGAGAGCUCACGAACACAUUCACUUGAGAGCAAAGACUUCGAUAGUGAUCUCGGCGGCAAAACAACUCGAAGUAAACUCACUCGCAGCUUUGACAAACGCGAAAGAGACAACGAGAAGCACAAAAGACGUUGGAAAGCCGCGGACGACCCCGAGAAAAGCCUCAGCCCCAGCGAGAUCGACAACACCAACAUCGAGGAAACAGAGGACGCGCAUGACUUCGAUCCCGGCCGAAGGAGACGGUCGCGGCGGUCUGUGGUGGAGGAGGUGGUGGAGGGGCUGAUGGAGAUGCUCGACCUCGAGGUUCUUCCCGUCAACCCGAAGCAUUACGGCUGCCACAACCUGCCUUACCCGGGUCGUGAAUAACAGAUUCCUUCUUUUCCCCCCUACAACUUCCUGUCCGCCGCUAACCAUACAACUCCCUGCACAGAGAGCUCCAAGACUUGAUCACUUAGUGCGUCCUCAGCGUAUCUAGCACGUCCAAAACGAAGUAAUAUUAAUGCUUUUGUGUGUCAGUAUUCAUGCGUUAUUCACCCAGAUAUGCAGUGAAGGGUCAGGUCAGCUCGGAUGUAAGCUGAAUCCGUAUAUUCCUCCCACUCCGUAUAUCGGUACCAGUCCCGCCUCAACCGUAAUCUAAGAGACGUGCCACCAGUGCAUCGUAGCCGAGAGAUCAAAUGUGGCUACCACGAGGCUCAGCUCUUUGCGGUAGGACAGGAGACCAUUCUUUUAGCGUGUCCAAGAGAAGUCUUUAUGCUUUCAUUUCUCAAAGCAGUGGCAUAGCUACAAGGGGACGAAGGGAGUCCCUCAGAAAGAAAUAAGCAAAGUUAGUUGGCUUAUAGGUGACUAUAUAUGUGGACCGUUCCCUCAAUAGAUAACUUGCCCCACCUGAGUGCCCUCGUGUGCAGACCCUUGCCACGCCACUGCUUGAGGGCCGCUCUCACUCCCAUCUUUUAAAGGUUAACUGGAACACUGGUUGACCCCGAUACUUACUGCGCCGCCUCCUGCAUGCUCAGAGGACCAGCGUGUCCGCGAGGAAGAUAUAUCUAUCCAUGUUUUCAUCGUUUUCCCGCCCUGAACGCACUCUGCAUAGAAUUGAAUGUAUUUCAUAAGAUAAUCCAAAGUCUCGUGACAAUGUUUAUUAUCCACAUAUUGCGUAGCGGUUUGCAGAACGCGUGAGGUAUUUUAGACGAAAGGAUCAGUUAUUUACUCGAUCAUAUGAAAAUCAUAUGCGUCUUUCCUUUGUUAAAUAAACCUAUAUCUAAGCUGACUCUUAUAUGACCCAUAUGAGUUCAUAUGGACUCAUAUGAACCUUACUUCUGUCUAAAUUAACUUUAUUGUAUCUCCAGUGAUGAAAUCUCUUCUACGUAUUAUCUGUGAGUCAAUGAAAAAGCUGCUGAGUAAUUAUUCAUCAUAUAGGUGAA